AUGUCCUCCACUGCAAGCCAACUGGAACAAAAUAUAAAAAGAUUUCAGAUAUCUGACUCACAAGAAACGUCUACCGCGGUACAAUGGGUGCCCUCUAAACACAGCUCAGACGUAUCUCAGUACGUUCUUCUUUUUGGGUUUCCUAUAGUCAAGAAGGAACUUUGGAACAUGGGGACCAUUGCUUUCCAUCAUAUUCAACCAGGCAAAACUUUACCGGACAACCACGGCUUCCUCGUCAUGAAUUCCCUUACCUUUCUCAAAGUGCAUCUCCGUCUUCGCAUUUGCACUAUGGCAUGUGGAAAGGUGGUUGGAGACUCGAAGAAUAUCCCAUCAGAGUGUGUGUCGUCGGGAGAGGUGCUGUUGUUAGUACUGUGGAGGGAUACGGAAUCCGAGGCUACCUGUCCCACGCCAAGUCAAGUGCAUUCCCUGGAGAUGAAGCUUAAACGCCCACCGGGAUGGUGGGUGGAAGUCCCGCCAUUUUGA